AUGGCGGCCGAGGCAAUGCGCCGCGUGCGCGGGACCAAAGGAAUGGAUGGUGUCUGGUGGACCAAGUUCGGGGCAGCAACCAUGGAUUUCAGCCACCAGGAGAAAAUGCAUCCAUCAGACACCAUUUUCAAGAACGUGGUGGCACACAAGAGAUGGGAUGCAGAGGCGAUGAGUCGCCCGGCGCCGUCAACUUCUACGGAGCACCUCUCACCCCAGAUCAGGCACCCGGCUCCAGCCAAGGAAGCCCUCGCACCUGCAAAGGCAUCCCCAGAUCUCGAGCGGAAGUUCUGGGCGCACGAAGUGACCUCGAGGCAGUCCACAUUGCGCAUGGCGGAGAAGCGGCAGCGACGGAUCGACUCCUGGGCGGGAGAUGCACCCAUCCGGAUGCCGCCCGCGGACCCGCGGCGAGACUGGUCUGAGUCAUCGCUUAGCGCAGCCAGCUGCUCGCAGGUCAGUCGCGAGGUGUACCGAAGGAACGGCUUCCUUGUCGGCCGCACACAGGCCCCACUGCGAUCAAAGUCCUUGUCGCUUCAGAGCAUACUCUUUGCUGGAGAGGUGAUGAAAGCACCUCCAAUGACUGCGAUGAGGAAGAGGCCUCGUCAGUAUGAGAUGGCAUGGAAGACUCUCCCAGAGCGAAGGUUCGUUUUCGAUCCGAAAAGCUUCCUUCCCGUUCCUCGAGGUGGCUGGGAUAUGCAUGACCCCAGCUGGCCAGACAUCUUUCCAACCGGACGGCGCGGAUUGGCGCCACUGCCCUUCGAGCAGCAAGCCGCGGAGGAGUCAGACCGCACGGGAGAGUACGAUUGCAUGACCGCAGCUCGAAAUGUGGUCAACAUGGCCUGCAAGCCGCUGCAUAGGCGCUGGUUUACGGAGCAGUUUUGCACCCCACAGUGCCCGCGUUGGGAGAUGCUGUUUGCUGACCCAUGCCCCUCUAGCUGCUCUCGACGCUUCAGGUCCUCUCCAGCUUCGCAGGCUCAACCAAAGGAAAGGCAGAAGAAGGGUGACGCAUUCCAGGACGUGAUCGUGCAUCUGCUGCACUCCGGCCGAGCCAAGGUGAUGGAGGAGCUUUAUCAAGUGGUCUGCGACUUCUUUUCCAGUCAGGGCCAUCAAGCUCUUUCAGCUUCUCUUGCGAGGCAAGUCCGCGAGGAUCAGGACCUCGAGCGCUUCAGAGCGAAACUUCGGAAGAUCUUGGAGAAGCAUCUGAGUCCGGGAUUACUGAGUUCUGUCGUGGAUGCAGACCAUCUAAACGUGGAGGAGAUGCAGGCCAAUCUUUACGAUGCGCUGAGUCAGGACGGUGACCUCGAGAUGGACAUGGGUGAACAUGGAGGUACUUCUGGGUACUCGGAUAUGUUGCGGAUGAUGAGCAUGCAGCAGCAACGACCGCCGCAAGGAACGGAGGAGCGACCUUUGCAUGAGCGUCGGGUUAUGGACGUGCAGGUUUCCUGGACUCACCUGGCCGACAAGCCAGCUCACACGCCAAACGCAUCGAAAAGCAUCUUGCUUAGCAACCUGCCGCUUACCGCCACUGAGUCUGAUAUUCGUGCAGCUCUUUCCACCGGCUGUGGAGAAGUCCAAGACUUGGAACUGUGCGACGGCAUGGAAGACUGGAUGGAGUCCAUCCGCAGACCCGACGGCGGCCUCGCCAGUGAAGCCACCACGGAGGAUACCGCCAAGGUGGGCAAAGCUGCCUCACCGUAUACUUUGCGCUACGCCAUUGUGCAAUUUCACGACCCGGAUGCCAAGCGCCGCGCUACAAGGAAGCUGCCACGAUUGAACGGGAUCUUGCUCCAGGAGGUGCUGCGACUCAAGAAGAGGACGCUUUGGAAGGACAGCGUUGUAGCUCGCCCAGCCUUCCCCCAGGAUGCCCGUUGGAAGAGAUCGCUCAUUCUGCGCGAUCUGCCACGGUUGCAGCCGAGCGAGGUGCUUGGGCACGUGGCAGCCGGACUGUCUGCGAAUGGGAAGAAAUGUCGGCUCGAGCUGCUCAAUUGCGCAGCUUUCGCUCAGACUCCGAGCAUCUUGCAGUGCUUCAUUGUCGAGGGCAAGGACGGCACAGUCCCUCCCGAUGACGGUGAUAGCUCUGCAAACCAGAUGUCUGAGCUCCAGAACUCGUCGAACCCUACAUGGGCGGGACAUGGCACUGCACUGGUCCUGCGCUUUGCAUGCUUCGAGGAAGCGUACCUCGCCAGAAAGCAUUUGAAAGGCUUGUCGAUGGAAGGUCGCGCCAUACUUUGUGAAUUUCCUCCCUGGCGUCCAGUCUGCACUGCGGUGGACUCAAGGGGUCGCGGGCUGGACGAGCCCGUGCUCCUGGACAUGCCGAUCCCCCGAGCGAGCGCACGCUAUGGGCCCCGGCAACUGAACAACGAUCCUGUCAUUCGUUUUGGUGUGGCAGAGGAGCCGGUUGAAGUCAUUCGGCAUGAGAACGGCCUUUCUGGGCAGAUAGUGGCCAGAAGGAAGCAGCAGUUCGAUGUGCCGUGCAUUUCGUCUUGGGACUCGCUCCCUGAGUUCCGCAGGUGGGCCAUGAGUGUCAGAUGGUUGCCUGGUAGUGGAGCUCUGGGAGGGAUCUCCAGCCGGCCAGAGGAUCUAGUUACGGUGUCCCUCGAGUCGCUGGACUGGAGCAGCCGCAAAGGUGUUCACGACCAUCCGUGCGAAGGGCCCUGUGCAGACUCGGAGAUGCAGCGAUGUGAGGACGCCAGCUCUCCAGAACAAGAACGAUAUGUCAUGGCUCUUUUCGAAGAAAAAGAAGGCUGCAUCACGUCCUUCUCGGGUGUGAGACAGUGUUUCCUCUUCGUGCGGAUGAAGCACAAGAAUCCUUGGCCCGGGGUGGCCUCUGCUGGUGAUACCCCCCGUGGGCGUGCAGGCCUGCUGAACCUGAAGUCAUUCAAUGUCGCCUACGAGUUUCCAGAAAGCUUGCUGGUGCCAUUUGCUGCACUCAGGCACCCCGAGCGACUUGAUCUCAGGCGGCUGUCAGAAUUUCGUCCGAUUGGCCUGUCGAUGCCUUGCCGCAUGCGGACAGGCUGCAUGAACAUGACACAGUACCUCCUCUCGCGGAUGCUGUGGAGGGUCGGGGAGGUAGCCGUGGAACUCGAUGCGUGUGGUACGGAUGUUCAUGCCGGGGUGGGGGUAACGUCCUGUGUGCGCGACCAAGUGCCAACCAGCAUCCUCGACGUUGUUCCGGAUCUUCAGCACCAGUGCUGGUCAGAGGACGAGUAUCCCACCAAGUUGAAUCCCAACAGAGCGCUGGACCAAGCACUCACUCCACCCACCGUGACCACCGCGACGGUGGAUGAAAGUGGUCUUCUCGCUGGAGAGAGGGUGCCGGUGGUACGGAGGGUGCUGGCGACGACGAAGGGCUCUGCGGCAAACGACGGGUCCAGUCCGUUCAAGGCGCUGUCCCCGCCGGCUUGCCAAAAAUUUCCGAAGACGUUCGUGGGACUGGAAGGAAGAAGGGUGCUCUCAGUGGUGGGCUCAGAUGUCAUCUCAGGCGUUGAUGGGGCAGUCGAUGUUCCAGCUGUUGUUCGACCUGACAGUGCCAGCGACAACUCCGUCAGUUUGGUCUCGCCGCGCCCGAGACCAUUAACGAGUGGGGGAGAAGACGGACGCCGAGUCCAUGAUUUGCUCAGCUCGAACGGAGAACCAGGUAGUGGUGGCGCCAGUGUUCUUUCCAGUGCAGAAGCAGACUGCAGGCCAGCAUCCUCGCACAUGAGAACAUCCUUGCUGGCCAAAGUUCUUCGGCCAUACACGGAAGGUAGUUCGCACUUGGACGCAGUGGAGGACAUGGAGGUUUCUGAGGAUCAGAACUUGAGCACAGAGAGCACGAGGACUCUGCGAGAAGCGUCUGACCAAGAAUCCAGACAGUUAAAGGUGAGAAAGGCUUGCACCUACGACGUGAAUUUUGACCGGAAGCACAAAGCAGUCGUCAACAUCCUUUUGGGUGAUGAGAGUGCAGUAGCCGUCAAGGAUCAUGCCUCUCAAAGCGAUGUUGGCAAAAGGCGCAAGGACGCCGCAGCACGGUCGAGGAGGCUGAAGGCGAUGUUGUCCGGGGUCGGGGAAGACGAUGAUCCCCCUGAAGCGAUGGAGGUCGCUUUCGCUCCUAGCAAACCGCAGCCAGCUUUGGCCGAAGAAGCCUACUGGAAGACCCUGUGGGAGGCUUCGAGGUCAAUGAUGGAGGAGGAUUGCCCGGAGGUUUCAAAUGUGAAGAGCUCGGACUUGGUCGAUUGGCAGCUGCUGGAGUCUGUGCCAUCGCCGUAUUUGACUGCUUGA